AUGGUGUCUUCCCUGAAGGUUUUCUUUACAAUUCUUCUUCUAAGUUUUGUUGGCAAAGGUUUAAGCCAAGUAUGUAGCUUGGACAAUCUGAACAUAGAUCAACAUCGGACGGAUAGGAUAAUACAAGGCAAACCAGAAUGGAACGUGACAGUGAUCAAUAACUGCAAUUGUUCGCGACAAGGCAUGGCUUUGUCGUGUGCAGGAUUCAAAACAGCUGAACCAGUUGAUCCUGCAGUUUUUAAACCGAUUGACAAUGGACUAUGUGCUGUCCUUCCAAACAAACUCUUGAAACCUCAUGACACUGUAAAGUUCGCCUAUGCUUGGGACCCUCCUUUUAUUAUGUUCCCUCGGAGAGCUACCAGUGUUUGUUGA